AUGCUUGCCGCUCGCCAAGCUACUGUCGCUGCUGCGCGUCGCGCGCUCCACACUUCCACCGUCGCUCGCACUUCAAACGGCUUCUUUGUCCGCCCGGCCAACGCUCCUACUUCCUCCAACUCUCCCGCAGCGCCUCAGCCCAAGCCGGUCCGCCCCGUGGCCCAGCCUCACACUCCCGCACACAUUCCUGCCGAACAGUCGCCCAACUUCCCCACAACCUGGUCCGAGUCGCAGAACCCAAGGCAAAACGCCAUGAAGGGUCCGCGCUUCGAGCAGCUCGAUAUGGCUUUCCAGCCGCAACCACUGGCGGCCAUCGAGAUGAUCCAGAGGGAGCCCAUUCGUCUCUCGAGCAAGCGCAUCGCUGCGUGCGAUGGUGGCGGAGGCCCUCUUGGCCACCCAAAGGUAUUCAUCAACCUCGACAAGCCAGGCCCGAAGCCCUGCCCGUAUUGCGGCAUCCGAUUCGAGCUCGACCACGCAGCACACCACUAG